AUGCUCUGUGGAAUUUCUGGAGAAGCUCCCCAAGAGCCAGUCGCGUCGAAAAAGUCAGGCGUCGUCUACGAGAAGCGUCUCAUCGAGCAAUACGUCAACGAGCACGGCACCGAGCCCAGUACAGGCGAGGCUCUCACAGUCGAGGACCUCCUCCCCAUCACCUCAUCCCGCAUCGCGCGUCCGCGCCCGCCCACACUGACCUCGAUACCCGCGCUGCUCGCCACCUUUCAGAACGAGUGGGACAGCCUCGCCCUAGAAACAUAUAACCUGCGUGAGCAGCUGGCGCGCACGCGAGAGGAGCUGGCCACCUCGCUGUACCAGCACGAUGCCGCCGUUCGCGUCAUUGCCCGCCUGACCAAGGAGAGAAACGAGGCUCGGGAUGCUCUGAGCAGAAUCACUGUCUCUGGCGCCAACGCCGACGAGAUGGCUGUUGACACAGAAGGCUUACCCGAAGCCCUGGCAGACCGCGUAGACCAAGUCCAUCAAGAACUUUCCAAGGGCCGCAAGAAGCGUCCUGUACCCAAAGACUGGGUCACUCCCAGCCAAGUUGCCGCUUUCGAGGUCACAGCUACGAACGCGCUGCCUGUUGCGCAAACAACAAGCUUGGAUACCGAGGGUGCCUACGCUGCUAUUGGAGGGCUACAGGGCCAGGCCGCCAUCUACGCUGUAGCGGCCGACUCUCUGGAGCGCGAGAUUUCCGUCGGCGAGCCCGCGACCACCACGCUGUGGACCGGCUCCAAGCUCAUAUUUGGUACCAGCAACGGCGGCCUCAAGGUUUUCGAAGCCGGCAACCAGGUCGCUGCCGCGUCAGAGCACGCAGGGCCUACUACUGGUCUGAGUAUCCAUCCUAGUGGCGACAUUGUUGCCUCCGUUGGUACUGAUAAGGGCCUUAUUCUGUACGAGUUGGACAGCCUUAAGCGUGUGAGCCGCACAUAUGUUGAUGCCUCACUCACAACCGUGGCUUUCCACCCUGAUGGCCAUCUCGUCGCUGCUGGCACUGUCACUGGUGAUGUGAAGUUAUAUAUGACCAAAACGCUCGAGCAGGCGGCCGUCUUCAAGCUGGGUGCCCCCAUCCAGGCCCUCGCAUUCUCCGAGAACGGCUUCUGGCUAGCAGCUACCGCCAAGGGCCAGAACUCGGUCACAGUAUUCGACCUUCGCAAAGAGGGCGAUGCCGCCACGGCCAAGGUUCUCGAGACUGGCGGUGCCGUUGAGUCACUUGCGUGGGAUUUCACCGGCCAGUACCUAGCCACCGCUGGUCCCUCGGGCCUGACUAUCCAGCAGUACGCCAAGGGCGCCAAGAAAUGGACAGAGCCGUUUCGCAAUUCCACUGGCGCCGUUGCUGUGCGAUGGGGCGAGUCGGGCAAGACUCUGGUUGCCGUCAAUGGAGACGGAGUUGUUAGCGUUGUCGGUGUCAAGGCGUAA